AUGUUGGAAAAGGGCGCUGACCCGAGACCAGACAAGAACCUAAUCCGAAGUAGGGGCAAGGAAGGCAGUGCACUACCAGGCUUUCAGAGCACUCUGAACGACUUCCUGUCGCUUCCGGUCUCGUGGGCCGGUGGGGUGGCUCCAGACUCCCUGAGUUUCGGACACCCGAAAGUUCAGGCCCGUACCCGUGUGUCGGUGAAGGAAAGGGCACGCGAGAGCUCGCCGGGGCGGAGGAUGAGUGGGCCUGAGCCGAGGACAAGGGGUCUUGUGAGCUUCUCCGAUGUGGCCGUGUACUUCUCCCCGGAGGAGUGGGGGCGGCUGCGCCCCGAGCAGAGGGCCCUCUACAGGGACGUCAUGCGGGAAACCUACGGUCAUCUGGGCGCGCUGGGUUUCCCAGGCCCCAAACCUGCCCUCAUCUGCUGGAUGGAUAAAGAGACAGAGGUCUGGGGUCCAGAUGCCCGAAACCCCGAGGAGGUAGAGAAGAGAGGAAAGGAAGGCUUUGGAGGAACCAGGAACAAGGCUGAGAAAUGGAAGAGAGAAGGGCCUGGAGUCCAGGAACCUGAUGAAACACAUAGGAAGAACAGUUUUUCAUUUGAGGCUGUGCCAAACCCACAGCAAGAAGGCAGCAGCUCUUCCUGCGCUGAUUGUGGCAAGACUUUGCAUAAACACUCUAUCACUGCACUUCACCAAUGUAAUCCCAACCAAAAGAGGUCAUAUACAUGUCCUGAUUGUGGAAGACACUUUGCUUAUCCCUAUUUACUGGUCAGCCACCAGCGAAUGCAUUCUGGGGAGCGUCCCUACUCCUGUGAUCAGUGUGAGGCACGAUUCUUCCAAAAAAAGUAUCUUGUCCAACACCAGCUAAUUCACACAGGUGAGAAGCCCUACACCUGCCCUGAAUGUGGACGCUGCUUCAGACAGAGAAGAUCGCUGGUCAUCCAUCAGCGGCGCACACACACAGGUGAAAAACCCUAUUCCUGUCCUGAUUGCAAGCGACAGUUUGUCUAUCCCUACCAACUGGCUACUCAUCGUCGUACCCACACAGGAGAGAAACCAUACUCCUGUGCAGAAUGUGGUUGCCGCUUCACUUAUUCCUCCUUACUAAUAAGCCACAGACGCAUUCAUUCUGAUGAGAGGCCUUUUCCAUGCCCUGAGUGUGGGAAGAGGUUCAAAAGGAAGUACGCUCUUGAAGCCCACCAGUGGAUCCAUCGUUCUGGUACUGAGAUUUGGAGAAGCAUGCCAUCAGCAAGACAGUCUGCAGCAGAAUCCUCUGUCCAGGGUGCCCGGGAUCCUCCUGUGCACUGUCGUUACUACCCAGAUAUAUUCCAGGAGUGUGGGUGAGGGAAUAUGAGAGAGAGACCUGAAAAAGCUAACACCAGAGGGCUGUAUCUUCUCUAUAAAGCAUGAGGUCAGGCCAUCUAUGUGCUGGGAGGGCAGUGAUAAGAACUGAGGGUGUAAAGUGACAGGAAAUCUGGUAGAACUGCUGUGAGGAGUAUUAUGCAAACAGGAGAUGAAUAACAGAACUGAUGAUCUCAAUAAGGAGUUUAAGUUAGACAGCUUGAUCAUAACAGAUUGAGUUGAUCAUAACAGAUUGAGUUGAAACUCCAGCCUUUCUUGGUAAUCUACUCAUGGUUCCAAAAUGUUUUGGGACCAAGAAGGGAAUUAAAUAUAGGUUCUAUCCCUUGCGGUUCUCAAAGAGAAGAAGGCAAUAUUCCCUCCUCUAUUAUUUUGACAGAGCUGGACAUAGAAUUGGUUUUCUUUUAGAAGGCAUUGCCUCAUGAAAGGUCUGGUAGAUCAUGUCCUGUUCAGACAUGGAAGUGCCCCAUGGACAAUUAGCCUAUUAGAUAAUCCAUGCAUCCACCCCUAAAAUAGAUUGGCUCUAGGCAGCUGGCUAGUCACCUUGAAAUUUGAACGUAAAAUCUCUGAGCCCUACUUUUUCCUUGAGAUAGGAAUGUUCUACUGUAUCCAUGCCCCAUUCUGGAAAAGAUGCUCCAUAUAUGAGCAUUUACCAAAUAUUUAUUCUGGGUACUCUAAAAGGGAGAAUGUCCAUUGUCUUGUGGCAGAGGUCCAAAGCUAAUUUUCUAUGUUUUCCUUCAACUCAACCCAAGUAUUAAGGCUGAAGAGUGGAAUGCCCUAGGUGUAGGGCAGUACCUUAACAGUACCUUCAUUUUUCCUAUACUGUGUUUUUUUCCACUGGGAUAAACAGAUUUUUAACUGAUCCAGGCCUGCCCUGGAAAUAGAUUUUUUUAAUUAAUAGCUCCCUUUACUUAUUAUCUGGAGUUACAAGCAACUGACAGAACUAUUCUAAUCUGUAACAUAAUUGUUUCAUUACAUGUCAACCUUCUUUCUCAUGGCAGGGAUUUAUAAUUGUUCUUUUUUUCUUUUUUCUUUUUUCUGUUUGUGUUCAUUCUUCUGACAUUUUAUACAUGUUUCUCUUGCUCAGUUUCGUAAAAAUAAUUCUGGACUAUCCCUUGCAAGUGCCUUAUUCAUACUUGUUGACUAUUAAAUUAUUUUGUCUAUAUGGAAUAUCAGACUACUUUGUUUCUUUUGCCAAACAGUAGUUGUUUGCACAAAUAAUUAUUUUAAAUAAGUAAAAUGGUCUUAA